AUGAACGUAGCUUCAGAUUCUUCCAAUAUAUUGCGAUGUCAGUCUAAAUCAGAAACCCUAGCAGUCUGGAAGCUUCAAUUAAACGGCACAGAUUACCUCAUUCAAGCUAAAACCAUGGGAGAAGAGCCUGGGGGAAUGAGAACUACAUGUCAGUAUCAAGAAGAGGGUGAAAAACUUACUUCAACAGCAGCGUCGAUGUCAAACUCCAGGGAGCGCUCUGAGUCUGUAGUUAGCUCUACUCUUCCCAUUCCCUUUUUUUCUCUGCAUUCUUGCUUUUCCUCAUCUUUCGUAUUUGUUUGA